UCCGCAAGUCCCAGCUCAGGGAGUGGCGGAGGCUGCGGAGCUGCCGAACUGUGCAGAAAAGGCCUGAAGAUGCGAGCGGGCCCCGCGCCGUAGACAAUGAAGCCGCGGGCACCGCCGCCCGCCCCGGGCUCCGCGCGCCGCGGCCGCACCUGCCGGCGAGACCGUCUCCGCGCCUGAUCGCCCGCCGCUCCGCCCACCCGCCGCGCUGGCCCAUGGCUCGGCGCCCCGGACCCGGACCCCCGCACUCGGGCCGCGCCGCGCACGGGCCGGCGGGCGCCAGCGGUGUCGUCCCCGCAGCCUGAGCACAGCCCUCACGGCCAGCGGGGGGCGUGGGCCCACUGCGGGCGUGCCCGUUCUCCCGCCUCGCCCCGCGACAGCCCGACCGCGCGUCCCGGCCCGCGGCGCGCUGGAUGCGGCGGGGCCCGGGCGGGCGGCGCGGUGGCCGCGGCCCCGGGCGACAUGUACCUGCUGGACGGCAGCGGAGAGCCCGCGUCUCCGCCCGCGGAUGCGAUGCCGCGCGGGACACCCCCCAGGAAGACCGUCUACCGUAUCUCCGUGACCAUGGUCAGGAAGGACCAGCUGGCCGCGCCGGUCCCCGGAGGCACCGACCCGCGGCCGGCUCGGAGGCCCCGGCCCACGCGCUCCCCGGACGCGCCCGGGCGGCUGGUGGAGGAGGCGGAGGAGGAGGCUGCGGGCGCUGAGGACCCUGAGGGCCGCCGGCCGCGCGCCUGGGACUUCCGCACCUUCCGCACCCGCAGCACCGGGCAGCUGGAGCUCGGGCGGCUCCGGCCUUGCGCACGCGGCCUCGAGCCCGCAGACCUGGCCGGCGGCCCCCCAGGCGUGGAGGAGGGGCCCGGCUCGGCCGCGCCGGGCAGCCCCGACGUGGAGGGGGUCCGGGCCGCGCCCCUACGGCGGAGCCUCAGCUUCAGGCACUGGAGCGGUCCCGAGGCGUCGCAGAGUCGAGCCCUGGGCCGAGGGAGGCGCCACAGCAGCUCCGGGAGUCUGGCCUGGGCACCGGGUGGCGAGGCGGCGGCCGACCGGUUGACAGCGGUGGAGCCCGCGGCCCCCGCGCAGCCGGUCUCGGAGAAGCGCAACACCCUGGACGUGGGCGAGGUGCUCAGCAAGAACGACGCGCUCUCGGACCUGGAGCGCUGGGAGCGCAGUAAGAGCAAGAACCGCACGCUGGACAACAGCGACCUGCAGCGGCUGGAGCGCGCGCGGGCGGCGGCCGCGGGCCCCGGCGCCGCUUCCGAGCACCGGCUGCUGCGCUUCUUCAGCGGCAUCUUCGCGCGCAGGGAUGGCGCGCCCGGCGGCGGGCCCUCUCCCCGAAGCGGCUCCUCGCGACCCCGCGGCUACUUCAGCAGCCUGCGGCGGGCCCCAGCCGAGGCUCACUCGUCCAGCGCGGAGAGCAUCGACGGGUCCCCGCGCAGAGAUGCCUUUGUGAAUAGCCAGGAAUGGACGUUAAGUCGAUCUGUGCCGGAGCUCAAAGUGGGCAUCGUGGGUAAUUUGGCCAGCGGCAAGUCGGCCCUGGUGCACCGAUAUCUGACCGGCACGUACGUCCAGGAGGAGUCUCCCGAAGAUAUGGAUGCAGGUGGCAGGUUCAAGAAGGAGAUCGUUGUUGAUGGACAGAGCUACCUGCUGCUGAUUAGAGAUGAAGGGGGCCCCCCAGAGGCGCAGUUUGCCAUGUGGGUGGAUGCUGUGAUAUUUGUCUUCAGCUUAGAGGAUGAGAUAAGCUUCCAGACCGUUUACCACUACUACAGUCGGAUGGCCAACUAUCGGAACACGAGCGAGAUCCCUCUGGUUCUGGUGGGGACCCAGGAUGCCAUAAGUUCCACUAACCCACGGGUCAUCGACGAUGCCAGGGCGCGGAAGCUGUCCAGCGACCUGAAGCGCUGUACCUACUACGAGACGUGCGCCACGUACGGGCUGAACGUGGAGCGGGUCUUUCAGGAUGUUGCCCAGAAGAUUGUGGCCACGAGGAAGAAGCAGCAGCUGUCCAUCGGGCCCUGCAAGUCGCUGCCCAACUCCCCCAGCCACUCGUCCGUCUGUUCGGCACAGGUGUCUGCUGUGCACAUAAGCCAGACAAGUAACGGAGGCGGGAGCUUAAGCGACUACUCCUCCUCCGUCCCGUCAACGCCAAGCACCAGCCAGAAGGAACUGCGAAUCGACGUCCCUCCCACUGCCAACACACCAACACCUGUCCGGAAGCAGUCCAAGCGCCGCUCCAAUCUCUUCACUUCUCGGAAAGGGAGUGACCCAGACAAAGAGAAAAAAGGCCUGGAGAGCCGCGCGGACAGCAUCGGGAGCGGUCGAGCCAUCCCAAUUAAACAGGGCAUGUUGCUGAAGCGGAGCGGCAAAUCUCUGAACAAGGAGUGGAAAAAGAAAUACGUCACCCUGUGUGACAAUGGCGUGCUGACCUACCAUCCAAGUUUACAUGAUUACAUGCAGAAUGUUCAUGGUAAAGAGAUUGAUCUUCUGAGAACCACUGUGAAAGUCCCAGGGAAGAGGCCACCCCGAGCCACGUCGGCCUGCGCGCCCAUCUCCAGCCCUAAAACCAAUGGCCUGUCCAAGGACAUGAGCAGUUUACACAUCUCACCAAAUUCAGGGAAUGUCACUAGUGCAUCUGGGUCUCAGAUGUCCAGCGGCAUCAGCCUGGGCUCCUUCGGCAGCCGGCCGGACGGCAUGCAGCAGCGCUCCUACUCUGUCUCCAGUGCCGACCAGUGGAGUGAGGCUACGGUCAUUGCAAACUCAGCCAUCAGCAGUGACACAGGGCUGGGCGACUCCGUGUGCUCCAGCCCAAGUAUCUCCAGCACCACCAGCCCCAAGCUCGACCCGCCCCCCUCCCCUCACGCGAACAGAAAGAAGCACCGAAGGAAGAAAAGUACCAGCAACUUCAAAGCUGACGGGCUCUCCGGCACCGCUGAAGCCAAACGCAAGGCUUGGAAACUAAACCGUGUUGGUAGCCUGCGAAAUAUUUACAGCAGCAGCAGCACCAACACUGAAGAACAAGAGGAAAACUUUGAGUUUAUCAUUGUGUCCCUCACUGGCCAGACGUGGCACUUUGAAGCCACCACAUAUGAAGAGCGAGAUGCGUGGGUCCAAGCCAUCGAGAGCCAGAUCCUAGCCAGCUUACAGUCAUGUGAGAGCAGCAAGAAUAAGUCCCGACUGACGAGCCAGAGUGAGGCCAUGGCCUUGCAGUCGAUACGAAAUAUCCGCGGGAACUCCCACUGCGUGGACUGCGAGACCCAGAAUCCUAACUGGGCCAGUUUGAACUUGGGAGCCCUCAUGUGCAUCGAGUGCUCAGGGAUCCACCGGAACCUGGGCACCCACCUUUCUCGAGUCCGGUCUCUGGACCUCGACGACUGGCCCAUCGAGCUUAUUAAGGUGAUGUCAUCCAUUGGGAACGAGCUGGCCAACAGCGUCUGGGAAGAGAGCAGCCAGGGGCGGACGAAGCCCUCACUGGACUCCACAAGGGAAGAGAAAGAGCGGUGGAUCCGAGCCAAGUACGAGCAGAAGCUCUUCCUGGCGCCGUUACCCUGCACGGAGCUGUCCCUGGGCCAGCACCUGCUGCGGGCCACGGCCGACGAGGACCUGCGGGCCGUCAUCCUGUUGCUGGCCCACGGCUCCCGAGAGGAGGUGAAUGAGACCUGCGGAGAGGGGGAUGGCCGCACAGCACUGCACCUGGCGUGCCGGAAGGGUAACGUGGUCCUGGCACAGCUCCUGAUUUGGUACGGGGUGGACGUCAUGGCCCGGGACGCCCACGGGAACACAGCGCUGGCCUACGCGCGCCAGGCCUCCAGCCAGGAGUGCAUCGACGUGCUGCUGCAGUAUGGCUGUCCCGACGAGCGCUUCGUGCUCAUGGCCACCCCCAACCUGUCCCGGAAGAACAAUAACCGGAACAGCAGCAGCGGGAGGGUGCCCACCAUCAUCUGAGGACCGCGCCCCUGCCCGCCGCACCGGGGCGCCGGCAGCCUUGCGCCCUCUCUCGGAAGUCACGACACGUGAGUCCUGUCGCGUCCCCACUCUGUUCCCGCUGGUCGCCUGCCACCUGCCCACCUGCCCUCACCCCACGCGAAAUCACAAAACCCGACCGUCCUUGCGGGGCGAAGAGGAGGCCAGGAGGCUGGCGAACGGGGUCCUUUUCAUAAACUCCCCUAGCGACAAGCAGGAGCUACCGGCGGGCCUCGGUUUAUUGACGAUAGCACACAGCAAGGGACCCCCC